UUAAUACUUCACUUUCACUCUUGAGGCAAACAGAAACACGUGGAACUGUCAAACUCCGAUGUAUCUUACGAGCAGUCAAUGCCACGACAUGGGAGGACCAAGAGAACACGGAAAAGAAAACGAGGAAACGAUCCUAGAAUUGAUUUGUCGAAAGAAAUCGUAACUUUGUCAAAAUGGAUGAAAAGGGAAUCAAUAUCGCUUGGAUUCAAAUGGAAGAGUCAUUUACAUCCCGCUUUUUUCACAGGUAUUGGUAGAGGUAUGAUGACGAAAGACAGCUUAACUGGAGGAGAUAUCGUUGUGUCUAUACCGAAACCUCUACUGAUCACAGUCGAAACAGUUCUGUCCUCAGAAAUUGGUGAAUUGGUGAAAAGACAGAAGUUCAAACUUUCCCGCCAACAAAUUCUUUCACUGUUCCUCCUCAGUGAAAGAAGCAAGGGAGAUAACUCAUUCUGGUAUCCAUACAUAUCCGUCCUUCCCCAAUCUCACACAACCUUUGGGUAUCUCUCAGCAAGGGAGUUAACUCUUCUUCCACCAAAACUAUUGACAGCAGUCAAAUCAAAAAUCAUGGACAUUAAGCAAGCAUACAAGGAGGUGAGAGACUUCUUUCCAGGGGAGAGCAUCGCGCAUGAAGACUUUUUGUGGUCGUGGUUCUGUGUGAAUUCCCGUUCCGUUUUCUACAAAUUGGGAGGGUCAGAGUUCGUGAAGGAAGAUGGAAAUCACCUGGCACUGGCUCCCUACCUAGAUCUCCUGAAUCACUCAGUUGUAGCCCAGGUGGAAGCUGGAUUUAACAAUGAAACAGGUUGUUAUGAGAUUCGUACUCUUGAUAACUACAAAAAGUACGACCAGGUGUUUAUUUCCUAUGGUAGCCAUGACAACUACCACCUGUUGAUGGAGUAUGGAUUCACUCUCCCUGACAACCCUAACGAUGCUGUGAUGAUGGACUACGAUGUGGUAUUGAACAGUGCCAAGUCUCUAGAUGUCAAUCACCUGGAGAAAAAACAGGAUCUAAUACAACAGCAUGACCUACACAGCAAGCUCACCUGUACAGUGGAGGGCCUGUCAUGGAACCUACUGAUAGUGACGAGGAUUUUAGCUAUGGAUUGGAAUGAGUUACAUCAGUGGAAAGUGGUGCUGAAUGGUGACGUUAUAUCGAACAGAAAUGAAAGCUUGUCCAGAGGCAUUGCCCGGUCAUUCCUCACCCCAUACAUACAGCAGAACCGGGAUCUGCUGUUCAAGUUUCCUCCCGAGUCUUCUAUGACCACAAUGGAGAAACUGAUUUCUUCUGUCGUACAGAUGGAGAGGAAAAUACUUCAGAUAACAUGGACAAGUGUAUCCUGAGAUCGAGGCACACGGCCAACAGUUGAAUGGAUAUUUGUAAACAUUCCAACAUGCAUCAUCUGUGACAAAAAGAUUUGACACAGAUGUCUGGGGGAAGAAAAAAAAACGUUGAAUGGGAAACUGAAACUUUUGACUCUCACACGAACUAAUCAUUGCAACCUCUCAUGAACUGAACACUGCAACCUCUCAUGAACUGAACACUGCAACCUCUCAUGAACUGAACACUGCGACCUCUCAUGAACUGAACACUGCGACCUCUCAUGAACUGAACACUUCAACCUCUCAUGAACUGAACACUGCGACCUCCCACGAACUGAAGUUAUGACCAUCUAUGUUGAACUGUGUGGAUGCUUUGUGCUUAUUAGAGCAUGAUAAAUAAUCAGUGAAACAUUUUACGAUUUUUGUGAUCACAAAUUUGAUAUCUACAAGAAACAGAUAAGAAAUCCCUGAUGAGUAAGAGGAUCAUUUUAAAUGUGUUACAGAUGAUACAGUGGGCCAAUCACAAAAUGUGUUACAUUUGGACGAAGACAGGAUACAAAUACUCAAAUGAUUAAUUUUUAAGUUUUUAAAUCUAUCGGGAACAUUUCGUGGAGAUGGUCCUUUUCUUUGUUACGAUCUUCUCCAUAGUGAUCACAAAGUUUCAAGUUAGUAUUCUGAGGUUUGUUUACUUUCUGCUUCUUCAAUGUUCAAGUGACCAGGCAAUGGAAAAACCUGGUACAUGUAUGUUUUGCAAAGUUAUGGUAUGGAUGUGUCACAGAGGAGAAAUUUAUGCUUCCUGACUAAGAAUUUUACUUCAGAAAUCAAUAUGCUAUAUUCCAUUGCCUUACACUACCAAAAUGUUUUACUUCUAGGCAAUGGAACCCGAUACCGAAUAAGCCAUUCUAUGUAAUAAUCAACAGAAAAGUACACAAUAAACAGUAGUAUUGUUUGAAACAGUUUUAAAAAGUACUUUACCAGAAACCAAAUUCAAAGGUGUUGGUCAAGACGUGGAUGUGGUUUCAGAAGCGAGACCCUUCAAUAGGCUUGUGUUUACUAUCUGCAUGCAUCUCAAGUAAAAUGAUUUUUUUUUCAUAUAUUGAAUUUUUUUGUCUGGAAUAUUUCGCAGAUAUUUCUUUUUAAAAAAUUUGGGGUGGAUUUGUUUUAUUUAACUACAUGGAAGAUGAAAAAGAGCUGAAUUCACUGUAUAACUUUCAAUUUAUAACAGUAAAAUAAUCAGCUACGGGUACAACUUCAAUAUAUGUGAAACAAUUAAUGAGCAUUCAAUAUUUUUGGCAUAUUCUUUUAAAUUGUGAUAUUGAUCUAUUGAAGGUGGAAAAUCAAAGGAUUGUUUAAAAGUACAUAUCAAAUACACAAUAAUAUGUAUUAGUAAUUAAUUUGAAACAGUUUCAAGCUAGAGUUUUCAUAAUAUCUCUUUUUAGAGAAUUCAGAGAUUCAGAAAAUCAAGUAUUUUAACAAAAAAUAAGGAUAAAAAAAGUUAAAAGCUUAUCGUCAUCUAUUUAUAAGUCAGAGUUAUGUAUUUUGCAUCGAAAGAUCUGUAUGAUGCAACACAUUUUUUUCAUACACAAGAAACUUGUUUUGGUAUAUGUGUAUACUUAUUUAUGGUGGGUAGUGUAUGUGGGUAUGAUUUAAAACAAGUUCAUGCUAUUCUUGUAAGUAUUUACAAUAACAAUGUUAAACAUUAAAAAUAUAACUUAUUCAAUAUGUUGACAGUCAAAAUUUGGACCUUCUGAAUGCAAAGUAAAAACUAAUAUUUUAGCCUUAACUCUGUGUUAUGUAAACAAAGACUAGAAUUUUUUUAUGUCUACAAAAAAAUCAGUGAACUGCUAAUUUUGUAAUUAAAUGCAUCUUGAUUUUGCACAGUCAUAAAUUUAACUUUUAUAAAAUGAUACAUUUUACCUAAAGAAUACUUGAAAUGUGAUAUAUAUAUAUUUAUAUAUACACAUAUAUAUAUAUAUAUAUAUAUGAUAAACUUGGAUCAAUAUCCAUUUAUUUUGAAAAAUUCGUAAACAAUAAUAUGCCUCAAUCUUUAUUUACAAUGAAAACAAUUAUAAACUCUCUAAAAUGAUUCUCUGUGAUAUUGUAUAACCUUUUUUUUUUUUAACCUUUUGAACACAUCAGACGGAAGAUUUUGAUCAUCAAAAGUGAAAAAUAAAAUUUGGGAGAAAAUCAUGAACCAGUUCCACACUUUGUCUUUGGCAUCAAUUUUAAAUCAUGGAUGCUUUUUAAAGAAAUUUCUUUCAUUGUCAACUUAUUAUUUUGUGUAACAAGUACACAUUGCAAUAAAUUUUAUGUUAAGAAAUACACAAUAUAUAUAUGUUUAUUGUGGCAAAGAACAUUCAUUAAAAAUUGUAUAUUUGUUGGUACAAAGCCUGAAUUGAUUCAAUGAUAACAUUAAACUUGUUAAAUGUCUUG